AUGAACAUGCCUCGUGCUUCCGCAUCGGCAAGUUAUGUAGACGGGAAGAUAUACGUGUUUGGAGGGUGCGGGGAUGACGCUGAUUCCACCAAAUGGGCGGAAGUUUUUGAUCCGAAGACUCAAACUUGGCGUACCUUUGUUACACCAAAGAUGUCACACAGUAUCGACCAAAGUGUGGUGAUACAAGGGAAGAAGGUUUACGCUGUUGAUGAGGAGAAUCAAAGCUUUUACUUCUUGCCAAGUGAAAGUACAUCCUGGACAAGCGGACAAAGAGAUACUAAGCCCGGGAACAGAAGUGAUUGGUGUGCGGUUGGGGAAUUGUUAUUUUGUCGUGGAACUCGGGGGAGAAUAUUGUGGUGUGAGCCAGAUGAGUUGGAUUGGAAAGAAGUGAAUGGCUUGGAAGAGCUGCAACAGUAUUUGUGUGGCAUUAGACAUGUCUUGGAGUAUAGUGAAAAAGAUUAUGAAAUCUGUAAACUAUCCGCGACCAAGGUCAAAUAUGAUAUUUGCAAACUAUGUUGCAACUCUGCUGGGAACAUUGUCAUCUUUUGGAACACGCAGCUUGAGUAUCCUGAGGGUUUGGAGCUUAGGUCUGCUGAGAUUUCCUUCGAGAGACAUGAGAGAGGCGAGAUUUGGGGGAAGAUUGAGUGGUCCGGUGUUGUCUUUAAAGUUGAUCCUCUCUCACACUCAUUUGGCGUUAAGGUCUUAUAUUCUACUUCUGUCUAUUCAUAA